GGAGCCAGUGGGUGCAGUGUGGUCAUGGCUCUGGGCUUGUCAUGGAGGUAGUUGUUUGGUCAAUUAAUCCUGCAUCACUUACUGACCACAAUUGUGGGGCGAAGAGAGCCACCCUUACAUGCUACACGUGGGUAGCAGAGCCAGCCACAGCUUUUCCAGGUAGCACCAAUAAUUGCAGAGAUGUGGCAAGAGAAGCUUUGGUGCAAGCAUGCCAGCACUGACUGGAGAAGUUUGGCUGGAUGGAUGAGUGGUCACCGUGUAUGUCCUUCUCUUGUCACACUUGUUGGGCUGAAGCAUCUCUGGGUAUGCCUGUGUAUGCUACCCAUCACCUUCAUUUACUGUUUAGACCAGAAAUGCAAACAGUGCAGUUCUGGAGAAGCUUAAAGCAGCUUUCUGCUACUUCUGCACACUCAUUUCUGAAUUAUCAGACUAUAAAUGUAAGUGAAAUUGAAAGCAUUUCUCAGACUGCUGCUUCCAACCACUGCCCCGAUGGCUUUCAAAAAACAAGCUGCUCCUCUGAAUGGAAAACUCCUCAGUGAAAUAGUGAAUAACAGGAAAAGAGUAAGCCAGGCAUCAUGGGAACAGAUAAGUGACAGAAUUUCGUAAGGUAUGUCCAUGUGUACACAGACAGACACAUACUAGGAAAGACAGAGCUAUAAAAAAACAUUCAGGGUUCCCAGGUACUUCGCAAACAACAUGUUUCCUUAACUCACUCAAUGAAUUUUGCUACACUUGCUCAAUUACCAUGGCACCUGAGCCUAUACAACAACAUUCAACAGAUCUGUAUCGGUGGCUGGCAAACCACACUGAGCACACUGAAAAUCCCCGGUUACACUGUCCUUCGUAUCACUUCCUGUGAGAUAAGCCUGAAGAACACAUCUACGCAUACAGCGUGUUUGUGUACAGACAGGCUGCAUAGCUCAUGAAGUAGGAUGACAACUGUCUGACAUAACUCCUGGAACGUGACAAACAUUGCAUGGGACACUCCAGGGCUUUAUAAACAAGAAUGGACCAGAAAGAUGCUUUAAUGCUGAGAGAAGACUGGAGAGUCUCUUCAGAGAUCAGGUAGUCUCUUUGCUGUACACUAGGCAAACAACUGAGAUUGCACGUUCUUCCUUAAAACCUGUGUUUUGUUGUUUCUGAUCUCUCCCUCCUUAAAGCUGAUGCCCGUUGGACAAGGCUGGGAAGACAGGAGCAGUGGGUUUAAAGGAACCUGCUAAGAUGGCAUUGGCCAGUUCACUUCCUAGCAAACCAGUGCCACCACACUCUGGAGAAGUUUCUACAGCAGGUGUGGAAGUGCACCAAAGCAAGCUGGAUUUCUUCUGCAAGCUGGGCUAUGGUAAGCAGGACAUCUGCAAAGUGCUGGAGAACCUGGGCCAAGAGGCCCUGGAGGAUGAUGUGCUGAAAGAGCUGAUUCGGAUGGGGAGCAAACCUCAAGCUCUGGAGAGCCAAGCUCAGCCUUCCACGCUAAAACUUGUUGCCCGUGGAUCAUCUAGCACUACACCAGGGUCGAAGUGGCUUGGAGAGGGUGAAAGAGAUUCUUCCGAUUACUUGCGACCCAUUGUGAUUGACGGCAGCAAUGUUGCAAUGAGUCACGGAAACAAAGAGGUGUUCUCCUGCUGGGGGAUCCAGCUGGCCGUGGAUUGGUUUCGAGAGAGAGGGCACACGUACAUCAAGGUUUUUGUUCCACUCUGGAGGAAGGAGCCCCCUCGACAAGAGCGUCCCAUUGCAGAUCAGCACAUUCUCGAAGAGCUUGAAAAGCAAUCGAUCCUCGUGUACACCCCAUCCCGGAAGGUGAAAGGCAAGAGGGUAGUUUGCUACGAUGACCGCUAUAUAGUGAAAGUUGCUUACGAGAAAGAUGGAGUCAUUGUUUCCAAUGACAAUUACCGGGAUCUCCAGAAUGAAAACCCUGAGUGGAAAUGGUUUAUUGAGCAGCGGCUACUCAUGUACUCUUUUGUCAGUAACAGGUUUAUGCCUCCUGACGACCCGCUAGGCCGGCACGGACCCACUCUUAAUAACUUCCUCAGCAAAAAGCCAGUGCUUCCUGAACCAAAAUGGCAGCCUUGCCCCUAUGGUAAAAAAUGCACCUAUGGCAAUAAAUGCAAAUUUUACCACCCGGAGAGACCACAGCAAGCUCAGCUCUCAGUUGCUGAUGAGCUCAGGGCUAAAAUAAAUGUCCCAUUAAGUGUGGGGAAAGAGGAAGAACCGUACAGGACUGGAGGAGAGCCUGUGCCCCGUGGCUCCUGCACAGAAACCCUGCGAGAAGCUGCCGGCUGCACAGGGGCUUCCUGCUACCCAGGGUGGUCCCAGGGGAGCCGUUCUGAGCAGCCAUCCAGUGCCUGGGCCAGCAGCCCUGGCUCUGACCUGCAUCUCGACCGGCAUUUGCUACAGCCAGAGCCUUGGCAAGACCAUUCACUCCUGGAGAAGAUGUCAGCGCUAUCCAUUGGUGACAACACCUACAGCUACAACUGGUCCAUGCACACAUGUCAGGACAGAGGGGUGAUGGACAGCCCACACCGAUUCAGUGACCCAUACUCGCUCCAUCACCGCCAGAGCUUGGACCACACCAGCUUACCAGGAUGCCCUUUCCAGCAAACGGUGCUCCUGCCCGUCCAAGGUGGGAUGUGCCCAGGCCACAGCUGGCCUCAGGAGUGCGGCAGCAUGCACAGGGUCAGUCAGAGCAGCCGCUGUGUCGCUGGUAGUGCUCAGCACAGACAGGCCCUGGGGGCUCAGCAUCACGUUUUACCACAGUCCACAGCUCUUCCCCCUGACCUGCCUCACUCGUACAGUGAGCAUCACCUGCAGCAGCAGCAGCACCGCUUCCCCAGCCAGCCCCCACAGCAGCCCUUUCUGUUAGACACCAGCAAUGGACUGGGCUUCUUCCAGAAAGCCCACACAUACCUUGAUGCCUCUUACAGUGACCACUGGCCCACCCGAGCUGUAAGGCCACCCUCUGCCCAGCAAGCCAGCAUACACAGGGAGCUGUGCUCCCUUUUCCCUUACAGUGACGUGAACCACAUCAUGGCUUUGUACCCUGAUAUCAAGGAUAUUGCUAUCUUGACUUUACUGAUUCAAAGACACAGAAGUUUGUGAAGCUUCCAGAUCAAACCUUUCCUGACAAGCACAAGUCCUGUGGAAAGAACAUGCUACUGUGAGGCUUAACUGAGUGUUAUUAAAGGGCUAUAUGGCAAGGGUUAUAGCUGUUCUGGGACCACAGGUCUAAGCAUCAACCAGAUAUGCCACAUGGGGCACCAAGUCAAGACAAAGGCUGCCAUUCACUGCAGUGGGAUCUCAUUCGCCUCCCUGUUAGCAUUUGAACCACACCGGUGUCUGGGUUCAGGAUGGCAGAGGUCUUCAUUGAUGCCUUGAAACACUAGACAUGUUUUAAAAAUCCCAACCUAUUGUUCAACAACUAUUGUAAAAGAACCAUGCUCCAUGUGAAGGGCUUUCCAUAGAACUCCCAUGCCUACUUUUUCGGCUAUAGGCAAAAAGUAAUUUGGCCUGUUUCUCCUAACACAGGGCUGUGCUCUCUGCUAGAAGGCAACUUUGAGUCCAUAUCAUUGCCUGUAUCAGUGAGCUUUCAAAGAUACAUCUUGUGUUUAUAAACCAAUGCUGUGAACACAUAGAGUCACUAGCAGAGGUGUGGAGGUGCAGCAGAGCACCUGAAGGUAGCUGCAGCUACGUUUCUGAGGGAUCACAUACAAUGUAAGUCAAAUCAGGGAAGUCAUCUUCAGUGUAAGUCAAGUCCUGAUGUGGACUGAGGGCUUAGGGUUGUUAAUUAAAAACGAGAAACACAGAUGAUGCCAAGGGGAGGGGGAAAGCUUUGAAGUGUCUCUUGUAUCAGAAAAAAGUCCUAUUGUUGACUUCACCCUGAACUACCAAACAUGGUCCCAUAAUGCAACUAUCCAGCUGAUUUAUGAUUGUAAACAUUUAAACCGUGCUCUGCUGGGACAUGUUUGAUCUUCAGUAAGCUGUAAAGCUGCUAAUCUCCGCAUUAUUCCACUGAAUUCUUCGGGUUAUAAUUCAAAUAUUAAGGUUGAAGCUGAAGGGCUUUAGCAUUAUACCAAAGUUUAAGUAUGUCAGUAUGACAUGGUUUAAAAAUGCUUUAACACAUUAUAAAGUGGUCACCUAGAACACUUUGUUCUGAAUAAUGUUGCCUUUUUCCCUUUUUAUUUUAUUUUUCC